CCGCACUGCGCGCCGGGUCGCUGGCCGAGGUGCUGGCCGGGCCGGCGCUGGCCGCGGUGCUGAAGCUGCCGCCGCCGCCGCCGCCGCCGCGCUCUCCGGGCCCGGCGCCGCCGCCCCCGGGGGCAUGGGGGGCCGCUGACUGAGCUCCGCCGCGGUGGCGGGGGGGAGGGGCCGGGGGCUGCGGAGCCGGGCCAGCCCUGCACCCACUCGCAGCCUCCGGGCCCGGGACGGAGCCGCUCCCCCCCUCCCACCCCCCAGCCCCCUCCCCCGCCUGUCCAGGGGCGGCACUGCGGGCUGGGAAGCCGGGACCAGAGGAGGGAAGGAGGGGAGGAAGGAAGGGAAGAAGGAAGAAGGAAGGAAGGACGGAAGGAAGAGGAGAGCGGAGAAAAGAGGGAGGGGAGGACGCCGAAGAGGAUCCGGAGGAGCCGAGGAGGAGGAGGAAGCGCCGGGAGGCAGGAGGCCAGAGGAGGCCAGCGUGGAAACCCGGCCGCCCGCAGCGCCGCUGGAUGGUGACGGGGCCUCGCCGCGGCCGCAGCCCCCCCACGCCCCGGCUCCGCUGGCCCGCAGCGCCGGAGUCCCGCAGAAACCAUGCCCAGGUCCUUCCUGGUCAAGAAGGUCAAACUUGACACGUUCUCCUCCGCGGACCUCGAGAGCUCCUACGGGCGCGCCCGCGGCGACCUCGGCGCACGGCUGCAGGAGAAAGGAUACCUCAACGACUACGCGGGGCCCACCUCCGUCUACGAUGGAGACGCCGAGGCGGCCUUGCUCAAGGGGCCGUCCCCGGAGCCCAUGUACGCGGCGGCCGUGCGGGGAGAGCUGGGCCCGGCGGCCGCGGGCUCGGCGCCCCCGCCCACGCCGCGCCCGGAGCUGGCCACGGCCGCGGGCGGCUACAUCAACGGCGACGCGGCCGUCAGCGAGGGCUACGCAGCCGACGCCUUCUUCAUCACCGACGGCCGCUCGCGCCGCAAGGCAGCCGCCCCCGCCACGGCCUCGGCUCCGGCCUCCGACGGCUCCAGAGGCGGCGGGGCCGCGGCUGGGUCCCGCGCGGCGGGGUCCGGGUCCGGGUCCGGGUCCGGGUCCGGGGUCCGGGGCGGCGGCGCGCGCGGGGGGGCCGGCGCGGAGGCGCGCGCGGGCCCGGGGCCCGGCGCCGGCGGCUCGGGGGGCCGGCAUGCCUGCGGCGAGUGCGGCAAGACGUACGCCACGUCCUCGAACCUGAGCCGCCACAAGCAGACGCACCGCAGCCUGGACAGCCAGCUGGCGCGGCGCUGCCCGACGUGCGGCAAGGUGUACGUGUCCAUGCCGGCCAUGGCCAUGCACCUGCUCACGCACGACCUGCGCCACAAGUGCGGCGUGUGCGGCAAGGCCUUCUCGCGGCCCUGGCUGCUGCAGGGCCACAUGCGCUCGCACACCGGCGAGAAGCCCUUCGGCUGCGCGCACUGCGGCAAGGCCUUCGCCGACCGCUCCAACCUGCGCGCGCACAUGCAGACGCACUCGGCCUUCAAGCACUUCCAGUGCAAGCGCUGCAAGAAGAGCUUCGCGCUCAAGUCCUAUCUCAACAAGCACUACGAGUCCGCCUGCUUCAAGGGCGGCCCCGCGGCCCCGGCCCCCGCCCCGGCCCCGGCCGCGCCGCCGCAGCUCAGCCCGGUGCAGGCUUAGGGCGGCGGCCGCGCCCCCGCCGGUCGGCCGGGUUGGCUCUCAGCAAUACGGGCCCCCAGACGUGUCUCCGCCGGCGGCGGCGGCGCUCGGGUGGAGGGAGGGGCCGGAGGGCGGGCCCCUCCUCGCAGCAAUAGGGGGAGGGGGCCCCCGCCUCGCCCGCCUGGGGCCUCGCCUGCCCCUUCAAGCAAUAGGGUCCCGAGGGGAGACCCACCCCGAGCUCCCUCCCUUCCCCUCCAGGGUGCCCCAGGCUUUUCCCCAGCAAUAGGGUCGAGGAGACCCAGAACCGAACCUCAUCUUAGGUUUCUGAAGGCGGGGGGCGGGGCGAGGCAGGGAGCGCCCCUCCUCCCUCCUCUGGGCCCCGGAUCGCGCCGCAGAGACUCAGGUCUUCCCAACCCCUUCCCGAGCCGUCCGGGGCCAAGCCCGCGGCCCAGGAGUCCAGGGAGCCGGCCCCUCCCCGGCAGCAGGCCCGGCGGGGGCGGGGGCUCAGCCUGCGAAGGCUCCCCGCCCCCCAGUCUCAGCUGAGCCCCGAGAGUGUGAGGCGCGCGGGGGGCCGGGAGGGAGGGAGGCGGACGGCGGCGCCCUCCCCCUCGGGUUCCUUCCGGGGCCUCAGUCCGAGCCGCUCCCUCACCCUCGCCUCGCAUUCUCUGCCAAAUCAGAUUCUUCCAGCCCAGCCCCCCCCCCCCCCGGGCUCUGUCCUCCAUACGAAUAUAAUGACGCAUAUCGAAUCGCAUGGACUUCUCCGACCUCUCAGCCCCCCGCCCCCGCCCCCCGUCCUGCCCCGGGGCCCCCCUCCCUCGUCCCCGGGGCCCAGCAGGCAGGCCCGGGCGGCCCUCCACACACCUCUCUGUAUUCGCUUUGCGGGUAAAGCCCCCUGGGGGUGCGGAUGCGUCGGGUUUUUCUUUUCUGUAUUUUAACGUUUUAUUUAUGAACGGAUUGCACUCGGGUCAGGGAAGGGGCGCCGAGGCGCAUCCUUUCCCGUCGACGCCCGGGGCUCGGGAUGCCCAGGACCGCGCUCCCCGCCCACGGGCUCCGCCUCCUGGGAGCCGUAGGCCCCGCCCCCGAGCCGCAGGCCCCGCCCCACUCGGUUGCCAACUUCUCGCCCGUCUAUGCCAAAGCCUCGGCGGCGGCGACUCCGCCCCAAGGGCCCUCCCCAUUGGCCGCCGCCGUUGUGACGUCACUGCAUGCAGCCCCAGCCCUCCUCCCGUCCCUUCCCGGGGCUGCCCGCUCCCUCCUCCUCUUAGCUAGUCCGAUGCCGAUAUAGAGCAAUAAUGCGCACUGCAUGCGAAGCUGCCGCCGCCUCUAGUGACUGAGAAUCAGGUAUCCCCGCCCCGCUGCCCCCUAGGCCCCUAGAUCAGGGAUGCUGCGCGGGGCCGGCCGCGCAGCCUUUGUCCCCCCCUUCCCCGCCCCGCCCCCCCACGGCAGGACCCGGCGGUGUGACGGUGUCAGGGGGUGGCCCCAGGACCCCUCCUUUAGUUGUUGAUCACCCACUGAGUGUGCAUUGGGUACCUCCCUCCUAGGCGUCAGGCCCACUGCUGAGUCUGCCAGGGCCUGGGCGGCCUGCGGGGGUUGCCUAUUGGUGGCGGGGCCCAGCGCCCUUGGGUGUGCCAGGGACGGUGGCAGAGGCGAAGAGAGAGGCCAGAUCCCUAAACCCAAACCCGCACCCCAUCUUCCCACCCCGGGCCAGUGCUGGGCGUAGUCGGUCUCUGCCUCUGACUUGGGCCUGAUGCGGGACAAACACCUCGACCCCAGGAUUCCAUGCCCUGGCUCUGCCGCCGGCUCAGCCCGUGGGGACAGGUCCCCAGGCCAAGUGGAAAGGUGCAGGCUGGCGGCCGGCCUUUGGUCAGCCCCAUCCCCCAGGGCCCCAGCCCCGCGGCCGCUCAGCUGCCUCCUCUGCAGGCAGGGCCCACACCCCCAACCCCUACAUCCCAGGUCGAUGCCCACACAGCUCCCAAGCGGGGGCCUGCCCGCCUGUGCCGGGCACACCCGCAUGCACACGCACACACAGGCACCCACCUCCCCCACGCCUGUCUGCCUACCGAGGGAGAAGGCCGGAGGGCAGCGGGCCGGCCAGGGCCUCCUGCUUCUCCCCACCCCACCCCCCACCCCGCCGUGGAAAGCCAUGGGCCCCCUCCUGCCCCCAUAACUAAGCAGCACAAUAACCGACUUAGCGAAUUCAGGUAGAAGGAACGUUUAGGUAGCACCUAUUUUGUACUGAUUCUACAGCAGGGCCCGAGAUGCGGGGGCCCUCGGGUGGGGGCUGCGGCCGCCGGCCCGCCCCGCCUCCACCCCCGCCUGCGCCCCGCCGCCUUGUACAUAUACUCCCACCCGGAACAGGCCGGGAUUUUUAUUCGGGCCGCGCCCCUCUUCCGCCCCCGUUUGGGGCCGGGCCGGCCGGACAGACGGACGGACGGACAGACCUCCUUCCUAAGCACAAUAGCACCAGCUCCCCGGAGCGCCGCACCUCCACGAGGAGAAUAAACGCCACUCUUGAUAGAA